CAAGACACCUAUUGUAAACACAGCCCAAUUGAAAAUAAGUACCUAGUUUCACGCCAACUCUGGGAUCGGCCGUUGGAUGAAGAUGGCAGCGUGGGAUGCUGCGAUUGGAGUCGGGACUUGUGAUAGUGGAGGAGGUCGGCGAGGGAGAGGGUUGACUGCUUGGGUCGCCGGUUUAGGAGCAGCAGGUGGUUUGUUUAAUGUGUCGAUUGUGGCAAAACGAAGGGGCCGCAGCAACAAGUAAGCAGGUGGAGUUUUCUGGGCUGAGGCCUGCUUGAUACUGAAGGCCUGCAUAUAUAUGCUCUAAGUUUAUGGCAACUUGGCAAGAAUGAUUUGGCUCUUUCCGUGACAAGAGCACUGGCUGCAGGCAUUUUAUCCAUGGAACAAAAACUUGCUGCUGCUUCUGUUAGUUUAAUAUGCAGGUUGCUGUAUUACAUUUCUGGGCAGGAAUCCGCGAUCACAAGCAUUUUGAAAAUGCCCAAGGAAUUGUUUCAGAGUUCAAAAAUAAGUUUUGUUGUGUCUGCCAUUCAUGUCUUGGAUCAAAAUGAUCGGCUCGACGCUGUUGUCUCAAGUAGUCGUUCCUCUCUUGCAUCUCAUGAAGAGAUCACUGCAAUGCACAUGUUAAUUGCAGUUGGUAAACUAGUCAAGCAUGGAUCGAAGGACUGCCUAGCAAUUCAAAACGGAGUAGAUCAUCUUAGGAAAGCUCUUCACAAGUACCCUAACAGUAGUGUCUUAAGAAAUCUUCUGGGUUAUAUCUUACUAUCUAGCAAAGAACAGAGAGAUCUUUAUCUUGCAACUAGAAGCUCCUUUAUAGACUUGUCUGACCAUAAAAAAGAAGAGGGAAUGAAAUCUGCAUCUGAGAUUGUUGGUGCUGGAACAGUUGCUUGUUAUUCAACUGGAAGCUAUAAUGGGAGAUUUUCCUUCCCCACCUGCAGACCCCAAUGGCCUUCUGGAUCUGGAGCCAUACAACUUCUGCAAAAGAAUUUGCAUCAAGAGCCGUGGAACCUUAACAUGAGGUAUUUGCUUACUGUAAACUAUCUACAGAAGGCACGUGAAGAGAGAUUUCCUCGACAUAUUUGCCUUGUUUUAGAGCGGCUAGUAGCUGUGGCUCUUUCUAAUCAGUUGUACUCAAGGAAAGACAUGUCUUUACAGUACAAUAUGUUCCAACUUCUGCUUUGUGCUGCUGAGGUUAGCUUGCAACAAGGGAAUCAUAGCGAGUGCCUUAAGCAUGCUAGACUUGCUACGGGGCUUUCAGUUCAUAAUAGCUCUCUCUUUUUUGUGCACUUGCUACUGUGUCGGGCUUAUGCUGCCGAAAAUAAUAUUGUGAGCUUGAGUGAAGAGUACAGAAGAUGCAUGGAGCUUAGAACUGAUUCUCAUAUUGGUUGGAUUUGUCUCAAGUUUAUUGAAUCCCGAUACAGGCUCCGAAAUGAUUCCACUAUAUUAGCAUUGAACUUUGAGGAGUGCUCCAAAGACUUCAAAACUUCAUGGAAUAUGUGGAUGGCUGUAUUUGAUUUGGUACAGGGUCUUAUUGCUAUUUGGUCCGGGGAUUUCAUCGGUGCAGAAGAGUUUCUCAUGCAAGCUUGUUCUGCAGCCAGUGGCGAAAGUUGCUUCUUUCUUUGUCAUGGUGCCAUCUGCAUGGAGCUUGCCAGACUGCAGUGUGAUUCAAAGUAUAUCUCACUAGCUAUAAGAAGUCUCAAGAAAGCAAAAGAAACUUCUCCAACUCCCUUGCCUAUUAUGUCCCUCUUGCUUGCGCAAGCAGAAGCAAGCCUUGGCUCCAUAGCAAAGUGGAAGGACAACCUUCAAGAUGAAUGGUUUUCCUGGCCUCCAGAGAAAAGGCCUGCUGAACUCUUAUUUCAAAUGCAUUUGCUAUUUAAACAGCUGAAAGAAUCAUCACCCAAUCCAGAUUCUUGUCAGAAUCCUCUUAGAUGGAUUCUUCAAGCAAUCCAUACGAACCCUUCGUGUCUGAGAUAUUGGAAGUUUUUGCAGAAGAAUAUAGAAUGAUAUAAACAGUCAGGUAGUGAGGAUUUGUGAGAUGAUGGUCUUUGCCAUAACAUGUAACUUUUUCCUCUCUUUUUAUAUUUUUCUAUCUUGACAACUGCGAGUUACUGGCAAUCGGGAGACAAUUUCAUAUCGAGUGAGGGUUGAUGCUUCAAUGAUCUCGUCUUCUGUACAAUAUGAUUUCUAUUUUACAUGCAAAUUGGAGUACUUGUAAUUUACACCCUUUAAGAAAGAAAACUGGGACGUCAAUGUUUAUAUCUCUUUUAGUUUUAGGUUUGAAGCUUGUGGAUGGUUACCUGCAGUUUCAGGCUGUAAAAGUUUCCAAAUUCCGAAAAGAUUAUGUACUCCUGUUCAUUUCUAAUUUGGCUGGUCAUGUAUGGAUUCUUUUCGUUCAAA